AUGUUUAGGACUUCUCUUACAGGUAGAUUGGCCCGUUAUACAACCAGUACUCUCCGUCUCCACCACCGAUCCGUUCGAAAGAAUUCGUCAGGACCUCCCUCGCUCAACAAGACCCACGUUCCAAGGCAGCAGCAGCAGCAGCAGCAGCAGCCCAAGAUGCACAUCCUCGUGAUCAACGACGACGGCCCGCCGUCGACGCACUCGUCCCCCUACGUCCACUCCCUCGUGCGCGAGCUCCAGGCCGCGGGCCACACGGUGUCGGUCUGCCUGCCGCACACGCAGCGCUCGUGGAUCGGCAAGGCACACAUGAUCGGCCAGACCCUCAAGCCGACCUACUACCGCCCGCCGCCCGCCUCGUCCCUGCCCGCGGGGCUCGGGUCCGAAGACGACAUCGGCACGACGCACAGCAGGCCCUCGGGGGACGGCAGCGUGGAGGAGUGGGUGCUGGUGGACGGCACGCCGGCGUCCUGCGCCCAGAUCGGCCUGCACCACUUCUUCGGGGACCGGGGCCCCGUCGACCUGGUCCUGUCGGGCCCCAACUACGGCCGCAACACCACCGCCGUCUUCGCCCUGAGCAGCGGCACCCUGGGCGGCGCCCUCGAGGCCGCCGCCUGCGGCUACAAGGCCAUCGCGCUGUCCUACGCCUUCUUCACCCGGAACCACGACCCCGAGAUCGUCGGCGCCGCCAGCAGGCACGCCGUCCGCGUCGUCGAGGCCCUCGCGAGGCAGUGGCCCGCCGACGGCAGCGCCGACGUCUACAGCGUCAACGUGCCGCUGGUGGAGGGCGUCGAGCAGCGCAAGACGCUGUGGGCCGGCCUGCUCCAGAACUACUGGAUCAAGGGGUGCAGCGCCUUCGAGGCUGUCGACGCCGACGGGGCCGACGGGCGCGACGAGGAGGAGGAGAAGAUCCGCGAGGGCGCCAAUGGCGAGGCUGCGACGCCGCGGGUCGACGGUGGGGCGAAGGUUGACGGCGAUAACGGCGGCCACCAGCACAAGCACUUCAAGUGGGCGCCGAAACUGGCCGGUGUCAUGAAGGCUGUGGAUGACGCGCCUGCCGAUUCUGACGGGCGGGUCAUCAGGGACGGCCACACGAGUGUGACGGCAUUGAAGGCCAACUUCAUGCACGCCGAUGAGAGUGCGCAAGGGCAGGAGCUGAAGCUGGACCAGGAUGAGCCUGCACCAGCAAGAACAGCACUGCCGCUCAGGACGGCGGGAACAUUCGGCCCAGAGACAGCAGUCAAGCCGGGAGAGACCCAGCCUGAUAUCCCACCAGUCCCGAGCCCAGGGGAAGAGGUAUUCGCGAUCGUCGACUACGAGGACGCCUACGUCCAGCCGAUCAUCCUCUCAGCUCUGCAGUCCCUCAUCCCAUCCAACCGGCUACGCCUCGUCUCGCCGGACGCGUCCCGCAGCCUGGCGGAACAGGUGCCCAAAGACGCCAAGCUGCUCCAGAUCAAAGCGUACGAGUCCAUCGACUUCGACCACGCAUCCGCGAACCCGUCGACGUCGCUCGUCAACAGCUACGUCAUCCGCAAGGCCCUCAUCAGGAAGCACUUCCUCUCGACGACGGUGGACCACUGGGUGGCCAAGAACCCGGCCUCGCCCCUGCGGGGCCACGUCAGGGCCAGCGAGCCGUUCGAGGUCGACUACGCCGAGUUCCUGGACGACGCGCUGGACGAGACGUUCGACCUGCGGGCGAGCCUGGAGCGCAACGGCGGGUGCGCGGGGCCGGAGGAGAGGGAGUGGUGGAUCCUCAAGCCCAGCAUGAGCGACCGCGGGCAGGGCAUCCGGCUGUUCUCGACCAUGGACGAGCUCCAGGGCAUCUUUGACGGGUGGGAGGAUGGGAUGCCGUCAUCCGACGACGAGGAGGAUGACGAGGACGGGGACCUGCGCGACGGCAACGGGGCUGGGGCUGACCGCGAUGACAGAGAUGGCAUCACGACGUCGCACCUUCGCCACUUUGUCGCGCAGCCUUACAUCCACCCGCCGCUCCUGCUGCCCGAGUGCGACAACCGAAAGUUCCAUAUCCGCGCGUACGUGCUGUGCGUGGGCGCACUAAAGGUCUACGUGGGCCGCUCGAUGCUGGCGCUGUUCGCUGGGCGGGCCUACUCGGCGCCCUGGGAGAAGAACAACGGCGGAAGGGCCGCAGACGACGGUUCGGAGGAGGACGAGGGCUACCUCGACGCGCACCUCACCAACACGUGCAUCCAGGGCCCCAAGGCGGACGCGGGCUCGGUGCGGCGCUUCUGGGACGUGCCCGGGCUGGCGGACGCGGCCAAGAAUGACAUCUUCUCGCAGGUGUGCACCGUCACGGGCGAGGUGUUUGAGGCCGCCGCCAAGGCCAUGAUGGUGCACUUCCAGCCGCUGGGCUUCGCGUUCGAGGUCUUUGGGCUGGACUUCCUCGUGGAUGCUGCAGGGCGCGCGUGGCUGCUGGAGGUCAACGCGUUCCCGGACUUCAAGCAGACCGGGGACGACCUGCAGGACGUCGUGGCUGAGUUCUGGCAGGGGGCGGUGGGCCAGGCCGUCGCCCCGUUCGUGGGAGCGGAGUUACCAAAAGACAGUGGGAAGGGGGAUGGGAUGGUGCUUGUCAGGGACGUCGAUCUGGGGAGGAGGUGA